CUUCGCUACCAGGUAUAUUUACCUCGUAGAUACUCUCAAAGUGGCAAAUGUUCGCCAAGAAAUGCUUCGCAUUUAAAAGAUCGACACUCCGCUCGCCGCUGGGAGCCUUCCCUAUCGCGUAAUACCGUGGCGCGAGCGCUCGGCCUCGGUUGCGCCAUGCGGUUGCGCGCUGAAACGAAAUCAGCUGGACGGGCCCCCUCCCCCCUGAAAGAGGCCUCCGUGUAGGCGUCGUAUCUGAUUCGUGCGGCGUAGAAGAGAGGGGAGCGUCCUGUGUGAGGCCCCCUCGACAAACGGGCAGCUGCUAGGCCGGCGCUUGUUGCAACAGCUGCAGCCUGGCGCCCGAGGGCCGCUGCCGUUGUGUGUCUCGUCUUGUUUGGAGGAGGCUCUCCAUAUACAGCAAGGCGCACGACGCAUGUAAGCGGGCCACUUGAAGCCAGUGAACUUCGUGCGGCAACCUCAGUAAAUCAGGGACAAAAACAAAACUUGCGGGAGAGACAGAAGCGGCUCCACAGCGCCUGACGUCAUGUGGGCCGAGGUGCUGUUCUCGCUCCUGCUGGUGGCGGUGUCCGCGUCGCUGUCGUGGUUCCUACGGAGGAAGCGGAGGCUAGGCCUUUUCCGGCGUCAUGGCAUCCCGGGACCCGACCCAGACUUCUUCUGGGGAAACUUCUUGCAGCUCAAGGAGGACCGCGUGCAAGUGAUGGAGCAGUGGAUUGCCAAGUACGGCAAGGUGUUCGGCUACUAUAGCGGCGAGAUGCCGUUCAUUGUGGUCUCGGACCCGGAGAUGGUCAAGCAGUGCCUCGUCAAGGAGUUCCCCACCUUCCACGACCGCUCGCCCUUCGUUAUCACCGUGGAACCUUUCGCCAGCUGCAUGCUGCAGCUAAAAGGCGCCGAGUGGAAGCGUGUGCGCAGCGUGCUGAACCCGACGUUCAGCUCUGUCAAGAUGAAGCACAUGGCGCCCAUCGUUCGCAGCUGCGUGGACACCAUGAUGGAAGUGCUCGACGAGCGCUGCCGCGCCAAGGAGACGGUCGACAUGUUCAAAGUGGCCCAGGGGUUCUCUCUGGACGUCAUCACCAAGUGCGCCUUCGCCUGGCAGGUGGACUGCCAGAAAAACCCCAACGACCCACUCCUCUUGGGAGUUCGAAAGAUGUUCGAGGAGGCCGAGAGUGCCGCGGUGUGCAACGCCAUCCGGUUUCCGGCGUUGCGGGUCGUGCUCACCUCGCUUUACCGGCUGACCGACUACUACGCGGUUAUGCAACGCAUGAUCGACAACCUGCGCCAGGUCAUCGAGCUGCGUCGACGAGAGCGGAAAGUGACUUCCACCGACAUGCUCCAGCUGAUGCUCGAGGCGCAGGAAGGGGCCGAGGGCUCGAGCAAUGAUAAUGGCAGGCGAGACGUACGGCUGAUUGAGGACCGGCAUGUGGUGGGCAACGCGUUCAUCUUCCUGGCGGCCGGCUUCGAGACGACGGCCACCUCGCUAGGCUUCCUCAUGUACCUGCUGGCCACGCACCCCGACGAGCAGGACAGGCUGUGCGCAGAAGUCGAGUCCGUGUUCGGCACCGACCAGGAGUUCACCUAUGACGGCGUGCAACAGCUAAAGCGCCUCGACAUGGUCGUCCAGGAGGCGCUGCGCAUCUACCCGCCCGUGGUGCUAUUCAUCAGCAGACACUGCGACAAGGACACCACCAUCAUGGGCCACUUCUUCCCAGCGGGAGUUAACAUCAUGAUCCCCACGUGGCACCUCCACCACGACCCGACCCUGUGGCCGGAACCUUUCGAGUUCCGCCCAGAGCGCUUCGACCCAGAUGGGAGCGGUGGCCUUCCCCAGCAUCCGGCCGCCUUCCUACCCUUCGGCUUGGGUCCGCGGGUCUGCAUCGGGAAGCGGUUCGCCCUUCUCGAACUCAAGAUGGCCGUCUGUCGAGUCCUGAGAGAAUACCGCAUCCUCCGCUGCGAGGAAACACAGGAGCCGCUGAAGUUGAUCGUGCCCAGCGUUAUUAUCAAUCCUGAGCAAGGUGUGAUUGUCCGGCUGGAACGACGAUGACCCGAAGCGAGCGAGGACUCAACGAAGUCCUCGAAUUCUGCCGCCAGCCGGCCGUGGCACGGUCACUGCGUCUUCGACGAGACACGCCUCCAUUAGGAAGGCGAAGAACCAGUCUGCGCGUGUGGCGCUAGUGCAAUGACGCACACACUCUUUAGGCUUAUGAAGUGCGGGCCUACUGAAGACUCUCUAACCAAAGUACGCGUAUACUGGACGCCCUUAAAUUACAAUUUUCACUUGCUCAGCGGUACUCCCGGAGUUGUGCCUAUUGGACCAUGCAUGGGUUUGUGUGGACAAGUUCAGCGUAUUACAGCAUUUCGUUAUUGCGUUCGUGACUCUGCGUGUAUAAAUAUAGGUCUCACUGCUCGUGAUUUAAGGACGAUUUUCAUAAUUGAACAACUGCUCGAUUUGUUCGGGGCCACGAGUAUGACUGGCCCUCUGGCACCGAAUUGCGGCACCAUUCGGUACCGUGAGCCGCGUCACACUAGGUCCGCAGAAUUGGCGGUGGACUUACCAACGCCGCGAUUCCACCUUUAUAAAAGUAGUCCGACGAUAGUGAGACAACCUGUUUACCAUCGUAGAGGUCGAACUCCAAUAGUUAGGCUAUUUGUGCGAGGGGAAUAAGACACCAUCUUACCGCGUUCCACGCACACUCGUGUUCACCGUAUGUCAAGCCUAUGAAUGCAAGCAAGCACCCGGCGUGGUUAUGAGUCAUUUAGCAGUCAUCGAUCACCAAAGAGAAGUGCUCUUCGACAAAUAAAAACGCCGUUGAGUUACAAUUACCGGCGGUACAAUAGCACUAGGUUGUCUCGCUUCUGUCUAAAAGGUGACAUCCAAGCCAUGUAACGGAUUAACGGCUGAACUCUUUGGUUGUUUGUUUGUCUACGUGUGUGGGUGUGUGAAAUGGGCCCAAGCUUUUGCAUCAACUCGAUUGAGUAACCAAAUAUUCCUUUGGUUACUCAAGGCUGUUCGUAAGCUUUCUAUAUACGCACUAUGAACACCGUGUGCAAAAUAACAGGACGUCAGAAAGGGGCAUAAAACGCCGUUCCUUUCUCACGUGCUGUUAUUUUCUGCUGUUUAUGCUCAGGACGUGAACAAGCCAGUCCAAAUGCGUACGCUUCUGCAGUUCUGAACACAGGUCUAUGGACAGUCUUUAGACUUGUGGCCUUUCAUAUUUUUGUCAACUAUGUGGGUAGAUAAUAUUGUACUGAAUAAACACUCGCUGCUGGGGGG